AUGCCCGUCCCUUGGGAGGCUCUUAUUCCUUUCGGUCUUGUUACCGCCAUGUUCGGAGCUGCUGGUACGCUCCUCAACGUUUCGAAGCGAGCGCAGAACCAGGGCAAGGGCCCUCGAUACAAGCUUGACCCCUGGGAGGAGAUGAUGAUGGACCGGGACGAGCGGUUAACAGGACAUGCGAGGAAACAGAAGAGUGAUCCAAUGGCUCCAGAGGGGUUCGACACGAGUAGCGUUUGGUACACGCAGAGGACUACCUAG